AUGGAUGUUGGAGCAGCUCAAGUGUUAGCAACGGGCCAGCCUGCUGGGGCCGAAAUUGAUAUCAAAAACGCCAUCAUUGGGAUUGCUGUGGGCUUCACCACAUCGGCCAGCUUCCUGGCCCUGAAGAUCUGCAUGAUCAGGAAGCACUUGUUUGAUAAUGACUCCUCCGAACAGAGAAGCACUAACGUGGGCUUCAAUGACAGCAUCGAGCUAAAGAAGAGAACUCCAAGGGGCCUGGACUGGGGGCAACAGAAGAAACACGCUGAGCGGCUCCCAACUGUCACCAAAUCCAUGACCCACUCAGCACCUGCUCAGGUCAUUGCAAACUCUUCGAAUACAGAAAGUGGCACUUUCCCCUCGAUAUGCUUAUUAACCUUGGGGAAUGACUUCUUCCCUUUUUGUCACCAAAGUGGAUGA